AUGGCCCGCUCCACCUUCCUCUUCGUGGUGCUCUUCGCCCUGGCCGCCGGCUCGGCCCUCGCUCAGGCUCCCGGAGCCGCACCAUCCCAGCCACCUUCAGCUGCUCCGCCCAAGUCUCCUCCCUCCUCCCCAGCUCCGGUACCCGUAGCGACUCCUCCGGCCGCUACCCCCUCUCCCACCGCUACCCCCCCACCGCCGCCGGCCUCCUCCCCUGCUCCGUCUUCCGCAACACCGCCGACGUCCACGUCUCCUCCGGCUCCCCCCAAGUCUCCCACGGGAGCUCCGACCCCCCAGGGUCCCAGCAGCUCCGCAACUCCUCCAGCCGGCGGGUCUCCAGGUAGUGGAGCUGGCUUCAACAGAGCCGCCGUGGCUGGGACCUUGGCCGCCGCAGCUAUGGCGGCUGCUCUGAUGCUGUAG